AUGGGUGGAGUGGCAGCCCAUGAUCUGUUUGAUUCUGGUGCAUCUCACUGCUUUGUGCAACCCGAGAUGAUUGGAAUAGGGGAAUUUCAGAAAGAACCAAAAGAAGAAGUAAGAGUGGUUCGGGCAGCUGGUGGUCAGAUCAUGUACACUUCAGGGAAAAUCCGAAACGUCUUUGUGAUGAUCGGAGGAGUGAACAUGCCAGCCAACUUGGUCGUUUGCCCAGUGAAAUCAUACGAUGUGAUCCUUGGAAUGGAUUGGCUGAGUAAAUACAAGGCACAUCUUGAUUGUCAUCUUGACCGAGUUCAGUUUGAGAUAGGCAAUGGAAAGCUUGUCUAUCAAGGGGUCAAACCGACCAAUGGGAGUCUGAUCAUUUCAGCACUUCAAGCAGAAAGAAUGCUGGAAAAAGGAUGUGAGGCUUAUCUGGCUGCAAUCACAACUGUGGAAGUCGGACCUGAUGCUGAGUUGGAAGGGAUUCCGAUUGUAAAGGAGUAUGAUGACGUGUUUGAAUCUUUGACAUGA